UUUUUUUUUUUUUUGCCGGCCGCGGGGGGGAAGCCAGUGACGUCAUCUCGAGGAGAGAAAGUGUGUGUGUGUGUGUGUCGGAAAAAGCGCUUUGCGGUCAAUUCGAAGUCACUUCGCUUUUUAGAGGGGCAGCAGCGACAUAAGGCAGGAGAUGACAGAAGAAACUGAAGAAAAGGCUAGAGUGAAUUUUCCCUUUCCUUAUACACCAUAUCCCAUUCAAGAGCAAUUUAUGGCUAAACUUUAUCAGGUCUUGGAGAUGGGAAAGAUUGGCAUAUUUGAGAGCCCAACUGGCACAGGUAAAUCAUUAAGUUUGAUUUGUGGUGCUCUCUCGUGGCUUCGGGAUUUUGAAGAGAAAAAGAAACUGGAGGAGACACAGCUAUUAGCAACUAAAAUCAGUGGAAAAGAUGCAGAAGAUGAACUUGGGAAAAGCAAAACAAAGCCUUUAGCCAGCCAGCCAGUGACCAGUGAACCAGACUGGAUAGUGCAAUUUGUGCAGGAGAAAAAAGAGCAGGAAAUGAUACAUAGACUGAAGGAAGAGCAGAUCAAGAGGAAGAAACGAGAAGCAUACCUUGAGCAAAUUCGACACAAUGUGAAAUUGAAAUAUGUGUCUAAAAGGAAGCGGAUGGAGGACAAGGAGGCAGAGCACCUGCUUCAGCUCAGCAAGGAUAGCUUAUCUACCCCCACUGAGCCUGGUUCUUUGGAGCUUUCAGAUGCGAGUGAGGAAGAUCUCAUCCUUACAGAAUACGAAAGUGAUGAGGAGCAGAAAAUAGGAAAUAGGUUAACUGGAGUGGAUAGUGAUGAUGACAAUGAUGAUCUACAGGAAGAGCAUGUUGCAAAGAUUUAUUACUGCAGCCGGACACAUUCCCAGCUGGCUCAGUUUAUCCAUGAAGUUCAGAAGAGCCCUUUUAGUAAGGAGACUCGUCUGGUGUCUUUGGGCUCUAGGCAGAACUUAUGUGUGAACGAGGAAGUGCGAGGCCUGGGACCUGUCCAGCUCAUCAACGAUCGUUGUAUGGAGAUGCAGAAGAAUAAACGUGAAAAGAAUACAGGCGCAGAGACAACCGAGGGCAAGAAGAGACGUGUGAGCCGAACGGUGUGUCCAUUUAACUCCUAUGAGCCUCUGCAGCUGCUUCGGGAUGAGGUGCUGGUAGAAGUGAAAGAUAUAGAGCAGCUGGUUUCUCUGGGAAAAGAAAUGAAGGCCUGCCCUUAUUAUGGAAGCCGAUACGCCAUCCCAGCUGCUCAGUUGGUGGUGCUGCCAUACCAAAUGCUUCUGCAUGAAGCUACCCGAAGGGCAUCUGGGAUCCAGCUGAAGGAUCAGGUAGUGAUAAUUGAUGAAGCUCACAAUCUGAUCGAUACCAUUGCUUCCAUCCACAGUACUCAGGUGACCGGUUCGCAGCUGUGCCACGCCCACUCCCAGCUACUUCAGUACAUGGAACGUUACAGGAAACGCUUGAAGGCCAAGAAUUUGAUGUACAUUAAACAGAUUUUGUUUUUGCUGGAGAAGUUUGUGGCUGUCUUGGGAGGAAAGGUGAAUCAGAAUCCAAAUACGCAGAGCAUACCAGAAGCAGGGGUGCAGCUGAAAUCCAUCAAUGACUUUCUGUUCCAGUGUCAAGUUGACAACAUCAAUCUCUUCAAGAUUCAGCGUUACUGUGAGAAAAGUUGCAUCAGCAAGAAGCUCUUAGGAUUUGUGGAAAGAUACAGAGUUUUCAAAACCAGCAAAGACGACCAAAAGUUGACUGGUUUGCAGAACUUUUUGCAAACCUUGAACAAGAGACCAGAAAAAGAAGGGGCUCUGCAAAGUUCUCCCGGGGAAGGUGAGGACGACCACCCCAAAAUGGCAUCUCCGCUAAUGCACAUUGAAAGUUUCCUCGCUGCGCUCACAAAUGCAAACCAGGAUGGGAGAGUCAUUCUCAGCAGGCACGGUACUUUAGCCCUGAGCAGCCUCAAGUUCCUAUUGCUCAAUCCAGCUGUGCAUUUUGCCACGGUGCUGAAAGAAUGUCGAGCUGUGGUCAUCGCUGGGGGCACCAUGCAGCCGGUGGCUGAUUUCCGGCAACAGCUGCUUUUGGGUGCUGGUGUUGAUGCUGACAGGAUUGAGGAAUUUUCCUGUGGUCAUGUGAUUCCCCCUGACAACAUUUUACCCAUCAUCCUCUGCAGUGGUCCGUCCAAUCAGCUGCUGGAAUUCACUUAUGAGAAAAGAGGCUUGCCUCAGUUGAUGGAGGAGACGGGGCGGAUUCUUUCUAACUUGUGCAACGUUGUCCCAGGAGGUGUGGUGUGUUUCUUCCCUUCCUAUGACUAUGAGAAACAGGUAUACAUGCACUGGGAAAAGACCGGAUUGCUUGCCCGACUGGCUACUAAGAAAAAGAUAUUUCAGGAACCCAAGAAGGCUAACCAAGUGGAGCAGGUCUUGUCAGAAUAUGCCAAGUGUAUCAAGCGCUGCAACCUAACAGACGGCCCCAUGACAGGAGCACUGCUCUUUUCUGUAGUCGGUGGGAAAAUGAGCGAAGGAAUCAAUUUUUCGGAUGACCUGGGAAGGUGUGUAAUUAUGGUGGGCAUGCCCUACCCCAACAUAAAAUCUCCAGAACUUCAGGAGAAAAUGGCUUACCUGGAUAAAACAAUGCCAAAGUGUGCAGGCCAAUCUCCAGGAAACUUGCUCAUUGAAAAUCUAUGCAUGAAAGCAGUCAACCAGUCAAUAGGAAGGGCAAUUCGGCAUCAACAGGACUUUGCCAGUAUUGUGCUUUUAGAUCACAGAUACACACGUCCAGCUGUUCUCAACAAACUUCCUCGAUGGAUUAAAAGCAGAACUCAAAUCAAGGAUAGGUUUGGACCGGCUUUUGCAGCACUAAGAAAAUUCCAUUGGGAAAAGAAAUCCAAUUCCAAGUCUGUCUCUUUGUGAGGAAUAAGCCAUCUACUCAAAAUUGCUACCUCCGCCUGUGCAAAAUGUCUCCUGUGUAUUUAAAUGCAUUAAACUUGUAUUGUGUGAUCUUAA